AUGGAUCAUCGGCACGAGGAUCAACAGCGGCGUCAGCAACUGUUGACCAUCGUUGACCGAGGCAGUGCGGAACAACUGUUUACUUUCCUACAAGCAUAUCAUCGAAGACCUUUUCGAAAUAUUACAGAAGUGAUGGGAUAUGAUGCGGCAAUUGAUGAUCAGAUUGAUUUUAUUGAUUGCGUAGCCACACGCUAUAAUGUAACACCAUUGAUUAUUGCAGCUGGCAAAGGUUCUUAUGAAAAAACGAAAAUUCUUCUUGUACAUGGCGCUAAUCCAAAUAAACAAUGUUCCACAGGGGAUACAGCAUUGAAUUUGGCUGUUCAUCGUCAAAAAUAUCGUAUCGUUGAUUUACUUUUGACAUAUCGUGCUAAUCCAAAUAUAUUUAAUAAAUCAGGCAAAACAGCACUACAUCGUGCGGCCGUUUCAUAUAUUGAUGAUAAUGCGAAUCAUGUACGAGCAUUGCUUAAUGCUGGAGCUGAUCCAGCAUUGGAAGAUCGAAAUCAAAGAAUAGCUCUUGAUGAAGCGGCUUUGGCUAAUAAACCAGAAAUUACCAGUGUUUUACUUUCUCAUGAUCCAAAUUUAGUACAACGAGCUUAUCGAGCCGCAAUCAUUGCCGCUCGUCUAGGUCAUGAUAGAUGUUUGGAAACACUACUCGACUAUGGCAUGGACCCGAAUAUAUGCGAUCGAACACAUACAUCACCACUUCACGUUGCAGUUCGUUCAUUAAAACUAUCGACUGCUCGUCUUUUGGUUUCCCAUGGUGCUGAUAAAAAUUUGAUAAAUAAUCGUGGCGAAACACCCAUUGGUAUAGCCGAAUAUUUACAACCGGAUCAGCAACAGUCAUUUGUCAACGUACUUAUCCAUACGCCAAGAGUUGAAGCAUCUGGUUUUCACGUAUAUUCAAAUGGAUCUAUGCCAGCAAACGCUAUUCCAUAUGUUCAUCCAUUACUGCGCAGUCAUCCUAAUUGGACGCUGGAUAGUGAAGAAUUUCGAAGUCCAACUGAUAACAAUUCAUCUGUACAAAAUCUUCUCGAUACUACGAGUGGAUCCUAUUGGUGUUGUAGACAGAAUAAAGAUGCUUGGGUUAUUUUUGAUUUGAAACAUCAAUAUAAUAUUAGUGGAAUGAGAAUUAUUGGAUGUGAUAAUCAAUCGACACCGAGAAGUGGUCAUAUUGAUGUAUCAACUGCGUUUAAUGGACCGUGGCUAAAAGUGAAAGAUUUUACUUGUCCAUUAUCUCAAGGCAAUAAGAACGAUGUGUUUUUUCAAGCAUUAAAAACUCGUUUUAUUCGUGUGUUCCUAUCGGAUAAUUAUGGCGGUGAUGAUAUUCGCGUGCAAGGCAUUGGAUUCUAUGGAGUUGAUAUGCGUCUAGUAGAUUUACUUCGAGAACAUGGACUUGAAAGAAGUCUCCCGACAUUAUUAGCGAACAGUAUUAAUGAUCUGGAAUCAUUGGACGAAAAUCGAGACGAAAUAUUAAAUUCAUCCGACAAAUAUUUGGAUGUCAAUGACCAUUUUCUGUUUAUACGACUGAUGGAAUCGCUAAGAUCACCAAAAUUGACGCGUCUCGAAUGGUUUAAUCCACCGCAAUCGACUGUUAUUGCUGGUGAUAAAUUACAAACAUUCAGUGCAGCUGGAGAUGAAGGAGUAACGGACCGUGUCAAAUUAGAAGAACGACUUGAACAAAGUUCACAAAUUCGAACAGUACUCAUGCGAGAUCUCGAACCAAUUCAAGGUCGUUCAUUAGUUGACUUUCCUGAUUACGUUAUUCGAGAUCCUGGUCGAUAUAAAGUACGCGUUGUUAGCGUUGAAUCACCUAAUAUACAAACUCCAUGGCAAGAUAUUGUAGUUGGUAAGUGUAUUUGUUCUUACAGAUAG